AUGGUCGCGGUACAAACGUCCCCCAACUCGUCCCCAUCGGCUGAAUGGAUCUGCUGUCUGGAUAAGAGGCCAGCGGAGCGUUCAGGAGAUGAUGUGGACAUCAUUCUGACCAGGCUGCGAGGGGUUAAAGCUUUCCAGAGGUUCCACCCUUCCCUCCUCCUGCAGAUCUGCUCUUGUGCCUUCUACGAAUACCUGGAGAAGGGCAUCACACUGUUUCGGCAAGGUGACAUAGGCACCAGCUGGUAUGCUGUUCUCUCUGGCUCGCUGGACGUCAAAGUGUCAGAGACUGCCAACCACCAGGAUGCGGUCACUAUCUGCACCCUGGGGAUUGGGACAGCGUUCGGGGAGUCCAUUCUUGACAACACUCCUCGCCAUGCCACCAUCGUCAGCAGAGAGACCAGCGAAUUACUCCGCAUCGAACAGAGAGAGUUCAAGAACCUCUGGGAGAAGUAUCGUCAGUGUAUGGCCGGCCUGCUAGCCCCUCCUUAUGGAGCGAUGGAGAGUGCGUCCAACAAUGAUCGGUUGACAGAUAAGGACAGCAUGAACUCUGACCCUCUCAGCAUCAUGUCCAAGACUCACAAGGUUCCGUCAGAGAAGCUGCAGAGAGGGGGCAAGGUUCUCCGUAACGCCAUCCUCUCCAGAGCACCUCACAUGAUACGAGACAGGAAAUACCACCUAAAGACAUACAGGCAGUGCUGUGUGGGUACAGAGCUGGUGGACUGGCUGGUACAGCAGAGUGCGUGUGUACACACCCGCUCCCAUGCAGUGGGCAUGUGGCAGGCACUGCUGGAGGAGGGAGGACUCACCCAUGUGGACCAGGAGCUGGGGUUCCAGGACAAGUACCUGUUCUACCGUUUCCUUGACGACGAGGACGAGGACACGCCGUUGCCUAGCGAGGAGGAGAAGAGGGAGAGCGAGGAGGAGCUGCCUGAGACGAUCCUCUUCCUGGCCCAGAUCGGCCCUGACGCCUUGCUCCGCAUGAUCCUCAGGAAACCGCCUGGUCAGAGGACUUCAGAUGACCUGGAGAUCAUCUAUGAUGAGCUGCUCCACAUCAAGGCCCUGUCCCACCUCUCCAACACAGUGAAGAGGGAGUUGGCCAGCGUUUUGAUCUUCGAAUCCCACGCCAAAGCAGGCACCGUGUUAUUUAACCAAGGAGAGGAGGGCACAUCAUGGUACAUCAUCCAGAAAGGUUCAGUCAAUGUAGUCAUCUACGGCAAGGGAGUUGUGUGUACUCUCCACGAGGGCGAUGACUUUGGGAAGCUGGCGCUGGUGACAGACUCUCCUCGUGCCGCCUCCAUCGUGCUCAGAGAAGACAACUGUCACUUCCUCCGAGUGGACAAGGAGGACUUCAACAGGAUACUCAGGGAUGUGGAGGCCAAUACUGUGCGUCUGAAAGAACAUGAGCAGCCUGUGCUGGUACUGGAGAAGAGCCCUCGAGCUUCGACCCUAGGGAACAUCAAGUACACUGUGAUAUCAGGAACCCCAGAGAAGAUUCUAGAACAUUUUCUGGAGACCAUGAGGAUGGACACACACCACAGUGAACCAGACCCUGCGGUGGAUGACUUUGUCCUCAUGCACUGUAUCUUCAUGCCAAGCAGCCAGCUGUGCGCACUCCUCAUGGCACACUACCACGCUGUGGCGCCCCCUGGCUCUGAGCAGGAGCGGUUGGAGUACGCCGUCACCACCAAGAGACGCGUCCUCACCCUGGCUCUCCGCUGGGCCGCAGCACACUCAUACCUCCUGCAGGAGGACCAGGCUGCUCUCACCUUCCUGGAGGAGUUAUACGGAAGUGUGUCGAAUGACUCACGGGUGCUCAGAGCUCUGAAUAACUUUGUUCCCGACCUGGAGAAGGUCAUUAAACUACACUCAGAGGAGGCCAAGACCGCACAGAAGAAGCAGAAGAUGCUUCUCAGACAGUUCAGUAAUGGAGACGAGAGAUUAGCCAAGAAACAACCUAUCAGAAACCAAGAUGACAUCCUGCUGAAGGUCUACUGCAGUGACCACACCUACACCACCAUCCGGGUUGCCGUGGCAGCCACAGGGAGGGAGGUGACUAGCGCUGUGGCCGACAAAUUGGGUACCAGCGACGAGCUGCUAUUGGUGCAUCUCAGCUCUGCCGGUGAAAAGCAGAUGCUAAAGCCCAAUGAUGUAUCAGCGUUCUCUACCCUGGGCAUCAACGGACGUCUGUUCGCCUGCCCCAGGGACCAGCUCAAUGCUCUGACCCCACUACCUGACCAGGAGGGUCCUUCGGCAGGCUCCAUGUCCAGUUUUGAGCUGAUGAGCUCCAAGGACCUGGCCUACCAGAUGACUCUGUAUGACUGGGAGCUCUUCAGCUGUGUACACGAGCACGAGCUGCUCUACCACACGUUUGGACGGCAGAGCUUCAGGAGGACCACGGCCAACCUGGACCUGUUCCUGCGCAGGUUCAACCAGGUGCAGCUGUGGGUGGUCACCGAGGUGUGUCUGUGUGGCCAGCUGAGCAAGCGGGUCCAACUGCUCAAGAAGUUCAUCAAGAUCGCCGCCCACUGUCGGGAGUUUAAGAACCUGAACUCUUUCUUUGCCAUCAUUAUGGGCAUGAGCAACCCUGCGGUUAGUCGUUUGAGUCAGACCUGGGAGAAACUCCCCAGCAAGUUUAAGAAGUUCUAUGCUGAGUUUGAGAGUAUGAUGGACCCAUCCAGAAACCACCGAGCCUACCGUCUGACUGUGACCAAACUGGAGCCGCCAAUCAUCCCCUUCAUGCCCCUCCUCCUCAAAGACAUGACUUUCACUCACGAGGGCAACAAGACAUUCGUAGACAACAUGGUGAACUUUGAGAAGAUGCGCAUCAUAGCUAACACGAUCAGGGCAGUAAGACAUUGCAAAAGCCAGCCGUUCAACCCUGAUGUGUGUCAGCCCAACAAGACCCACGCCGAGGUGCGUGGCUACGUCAGGAAGCUGUGUGUGAUUGACAACCAGAGGACGCUGACGCAGCUCUCCUAUAGGCUGGAGCCCCGCAGGACCUGAGCCCACCGCUUCUGCCUUCUCUGUGACAUCACUCUCUGUGACAUCACUCUCUGUGACAUCACUCUCUGUGACAUCACUCAGAGUCCUCCGCAUCCCACUCGGGACACAGCAACUGUACCGUAGCCACUCCCAUUCAACGAUCAUGGGCUGUCAAUCAAGGACUCAUACCAUGCUGACUGAGUCUCUUCUCUUCAUCCUUCCCCCCCACCCCCAACAUGACAUAACCAAUGGCUUCAACCAACUAUUCAAUAAACUGCAGAUAGAACUAAUUUACAGAUUGAACAUAAUCCAGUAUCCCGCAUGCAUUACAACGAGUAAUAUACUGUGUACGAUUAUCUCUCCAUUCAGUAAUCAUAGGAUUAUGUAGAAACAGUACUGGUUCCCACAGCACAGCUUACCUCAUCGGUACACACUUUGACGGUACCUUUACAGAACCGAUGUGAUUAAAGUAGAUCAGUCUCUGUUGCUCUGUGUUGAAUAUACAGAUACAUGUAGAUAGAAGAGUAAAGAGAGUAUGUAGUGAUUGAAAUCUACUUUUACCUGUGUGUCUGAUUUUAAAAUGGCAAAUCGUUAUGAUUUUAGCCUGUUUUGAGUAAUUAUCAGUGUCCCUUCCUAUUCAUACUAUACAAGCAGAAAGUACACAUCUGGUGUUCUGAAUAUACUAGUCCUAUACAGUAUUUUGUAGAGGCAGACAGCUUUAACAGUGUUUCAGAUGUCUUUGUUCACGUCCUAGUUCAUUCUUUCAUCAAAGCACAAAUUCUAGUGUCAGAUGAAGCUACUCCUUAGAGACUGAUCCGUGAUCAGCACUGUAUUUCUCUACCUAAUGGCAAAGGUUUGAUUUUGAAUACAUGAGCUUGUUCUAGUCCUGCCCUAUCUCUCAGUUGUGUCAGGUUGCGUUCUGUGUGAGUAGGCAUGUGGCAACAGCCUGGCUAAGCUUCAGGUUUCUGAUUGGACCACAGGAGCUCAUGAUGUCAUUGUGUGGAGGCACUCUGUUCCGUGAGUGUGUAUGUGUGUAGUCUGCCUGUGUGCCCUGUAAAUAAAAACGGCCAAUAUAA